AUGGCAUCCGAAGAUAGUCAGCUUAAUUCUGCUCUUGAUCUUUUCAGAAGACUCCCACCUGCUCAAUUGGAAACCAACUUGAGUUUUGUUACUGAAUUGGCACCACAUUUAACUGAUGAUCUUUUGCAAACUGUUGAUUGUCCAUUGAAAAUUCGUAAAUGUGCUGAAACUGGAAAGGAUUAUCUUGUCUGCGAUUAUAACAGAGAUGGUGAUUCCUACAGAAGUCCACACUCUAACAAGUAUGACCCACCUUUGGAGGAUGGUAUUUUGCCACCUGAAGAUUUAAGAGAUUUGGAAAAGAAGGCCAACGAUAUUUUCCAAUCAUAUUGUGAACAAUACUAUGAAGGAGGUAUCUCUAGUGUUUAUAUGUGGGAAGUUAUGGAUGGAGGAUUUGCUUGUGCUGUUCUCUUCAAAAAGGAUGGUUCUGGUUUGAGAGGUGUCGAAAAGGGUGUUUGGGACUCUAUUCACGUUGUUGAAGUUCAACCACAAGAUUCUAAAACUGCCUUGUACAAACUCACCACUACUAUUAUUUUGAGUAUGGCCACUCAAGAUGGACAAUUGGAUCUCUCAGGUAGUGUUCAAAAACAAGAAGAUCAAACUUGUUCUUUUGAUAAUGCAUACAAUAGCCAUAUUGUUAACAUGGGUAACAUGAUUCAAAAGAUGGAAAAUUACUUGCGUAACCAAUUGCAAGGAGUUUACUUUGAUAAGGCUCGUGAAAUUACUCGUACUCUUCGUAACACUCAAAGUUCUGGUGAACGUAAGGCCCAAAUCUUAUUGCAAAAUGAAUUGGCCAAUGCUCUCUCCAACAGAAAGAGAUAAAUCAUCAACAACAUGAAUCUAUGGUGUUGAUAACAUAAUGAUGACAAUAUGCUGCUAUUUAUACAGUUGGAUGACCAAAUUAUUUAUUUAUUUAUCCAUUGAAUUGUUUUUGGAGUUUUGGUAAUUGUCAUCCUAAUGUCAACAUUAUUCUGUAUCAACUUGUACCCAUAUACACACAAUGUAUAAUUGUAUCAUUAAAAAAUAAUUUAUUUGUUU